AUGUUUUUCGAGCAUAGUCUGGGCUGGCGACACCCAUGGUGGCUGGAAGAGGGUCUUCGACAUCGGGUCACAUCAGGAAGGCCCGCCGAAAAUCGAUUUGCAUUCUCUGGCCUUCCUUCGUGGUCGUGGCUAGGUUGGAAAGGCCGUGUCAGCUUGCGGUACCAGACAGCAAUUCAGAUUCGUUCCCAUCGGCUGGAAUAUGCUUUUCCUGGAGAGUGCCGCAACCAAAUUGAAGAGGCUUUUCCCAUCACGGAGUGGUAUACCAGCGAAUCCAUAUCCGACCCACCAGAGCGAAGACGAAGAAUCCAGUCAACUUGGUACAAGGACAGAGAUAGCUUGAAGGAUUUCACCAAACCGAUGCCUUUUGGGUGGUCCCGUCGAGACAUUGGCACAGCAACAUCAUCUCAAAGCGAUCCCCGUCCCCGUCCUGAUGGUUGCGAGAAAUUUGUCUUUCAGCAUGAAGCCAUUUCGGAGAUGGAUGGGAUACCAGUAGAGCGGUACUACCCUUUUCCAGUCAACGAGAUAACAGCAUCAACACCUCCUUCCAUGCCAGUACAGACACAAUAUCUAUUCUGUGAGACGUUUCAAGCAACACUGUCAGGAUAUCAACAAGAUAUUAACAAGUCGAAAUAUCCAUACCACUAUGAAGCGAAGCUCUGCAAUGAACUUGGAAAGGUGGUUGGGAAAUUGGACUUGGUAAAUGAGGAGUCGAUGGACCAGUUGUCACAGGUUGUAGACACAACAACGGAAAUCGGGUUGGAAGUCGAUGUGGUCGCUAUAUGCAAACUGAAAAGAUACACAAAGAAGGAUUCGGAUUCGCCUCAAACUACAAAAGACCUGUAUCUUAUACUCUGGGUCGAAUGGAAGGACGGUAUCGCAUACCGACUAUCGAGCGGAGAGGUCGUGGCUUCGGAAUGGGAGAAGUUGGAUUUGAAGAAGAUUUCGCUGGUACUUGGGUAG